GCCAGACAUCGCAGUUCUCGUCGAACUGACAAGAGCAACCAAUGGCCAAGGAACAGAACGAAGAGGAGAACGGGGGCUUCCUGAAGAGCGAGCCUUACAAGUGGCCGUUCGACGGCAGCUUCGGCGCGGACAAUACCGCGGUCCUCGUCAUCGACAUGCAGGUCGACUUCUGCUCUCCCGGCGGAUACGUCGACAAGAUGGGGUACGACAUCUCGCUCACUCGGGGCCCGAUAGAGCCCCUCCAGCGGGUGUUCGAGGCUGCCCGGAAGAAUGGGUUUUCCCUGAUACACACGAGAGAGGGGCACCGGCCCGAUCUCGCCGACUGCCCGGCCAACAAGAGGUGGAGAAGCCGGCAGAUCGGGGCCGGUAUCGGGGACAGUGGCCCGCGCGGCAGGAUCCUGGUGAGGGGCGAGCCUGGGUGGGAAAUCAUUCCGGAGCUAGCUCCAGCGGCGGGGGAACUGGUGAUCGACAAGCCCGGAAAGGGUGCUUUCGUUGCCACAGACCUUGACAUGGUUCUUCGGACGAGAGGCGUGCGGAACCUCGUCCUGACCGGAGUUACCACCGACGUUUGUGUGCACACCACGAUGCGGAACGCCAAUGACAUGGGCUACGAGUGCGUUCUCCUUGAGGCGCGUGAUUGCUGCGCUGCAACCGAUCCCCUCAACCACGCUGCAGCGAUUUCGAUGAUCAAGAAACAGGGCGGCGUGUUCGGCGCGGUGUCGACUUCGGCGGCCCUUGUCGCGGCCAUGGAUGCCAGCAGCGAAGCGAAGUAAAGCGUGCAAUAGGCGUUGCCUAUUUGUGAAAAGCACACACACACACGGCGGGUCGUCUCACUCCGGUACAUGCGAAUACUUGUACUCGCCAAAAACACGCUCCAAGUCUUGCGCGGUGACCUGGCCUUGCCGCGGUGACCCGGCCUUGUUGUAUAUUAAUAUUUCCGUCGGUCGUCGAAGCAACUAUGAGCUUAUUUUUUGUUGCGCUUUUUGACAUGUUCCACCUGGUUCCCGUUUAGGAGCCUUGUGUAGACAGGUUCGGGAAGUUAGAAAGCAGUAGGCUGUUCGACAGACGCUGAGGAUGGUACAGUCGGUCUGAUCGUUGUCCACUCGGCGCGAGAAGCCAGCAUAUUUAUUGUAGUUUUUGCCUCUUGGCGGAUGUCUCUUGUGGAAAGCGCGGGCUGAAGUAGCACGGGCGUCACGCUGGCGCGGAGAUGUUCCGUGGCGCGAACGACCAAACCGCCCUUGGAAAUGAUCAAUUGAUCCCUGCCUCUGUGUACUGUAGUCUCGAUAUUGUGCUGUAGCGCUUCUGAUGAUUGCUGAUACUUCUUUGGCUACAACUCCUGGUUCCUAUUGCUGAGCUAUCAGUCCCUCGGGUGCUGGGUUUUGGAUCCAAAAGUGCCGGAUUCUCCACGGCGACGUUUCAUGUACAGGUUGUUGCCAAGCAUCAUGUUGAGCUUAAGUGAUUGAUGUGAUUGGAUCUGGGAGUUUCUCGUGUAGGUUGCGUCUUGAAAGGAACAGAUUCCAAACGAACGCUCGCCUUUUUUUGUAGCUGUGAACCACGACGACGAUUCAAGAGUGAAAAAAGGAUUCUGUAUCCUGAAUGCGCGCACAAUUUGGUUAAUCAAUUUUCUCGGUAUAAUGCCAAACAAGGAAUGCAUGCCGUAUCACGAAAAUGCAAACGCCUUUCUACGACUGCUGUGUGUGUGUGUGUGUGUGUGUGUGUUUAUUAGCAUCGACCGCGCUAACCGGCUGACCAAUGAAAAGACGUCAGUCUCAGUGCGGUUGGAAACACAAAACCCUUUUAUCUGCCAUGGACUGGUACCCCGUGAGGGGGCAGCAUGGUGGAGGCUAAACUAUCCUUCGGAUCAAAGACAGAAACAGCAGCAACAGAAGAAAACUGCACGUGUCUACCAAGGCUACUACCUUGUACUCGAGUUCGUGUUGGAGUACUUUCACCAUUAUCCUCCUUGCGUUCGCUACCAUCAUUCUGAUCCUCAUUUUGACAAGAAUCUCUGGGCAGUUCUUCCCUAGUCCUACGUUCAUUCUUUUGAGGAAGGUCAUCUGGCUCAAACCCUUUGCUCUCUUCCACUCCUCCAUGUUUUCCACCUCCAUCGUCGUCUUCGUCCGCCUUUCUUCCCUUUUUCUUUCCUUCGUCUCCGUCACUCCCAAAAGNCAUUCUUUUGAGGAAGGUCAUCUGGCUCAAACCCUUUGCUCUCUUCCACUCCUCCAUGUUUUUCUGCUCCAUCGUCGUCAUCCUCCUUUCUCCCCUUUCCCUUUCCUUCGUCUUCGUCACUCCCAAAAGAAUUACCCUCAUUACUAUCGUUGUCGCAGAGAUCCCAACCGAUUGGCCAUGGUGGAAGUUGGUCGAUCAGUAGCCCAUGACGUUUAAACACAUCGCGAGUUCGCAUGGACAGAAAACGAGCUAGCUCGAAGGGCUUCCAUCUUCACUGGGUUUUCCCGCCUUCCCUGCUUCCAACAGGUGGCUUGUUGUUCAACUCUUUCAUGAUAUCGAGGAGUCCUACACAGAAGCCGAACCCUCCCAGAUUACAGCCUUGUUGAACUCCGCGCUGUGAAAGAACAACCUCGAUCGAACCAUCUUCCAUAUUAAACAGAAGUUUCGCCUUGGUUCGAGCAUAGAUGUUCCCGAAGUAUUUCACCGAGUGUGGUGUAUGAGUGGCCACUGCUGCGCUGAAAGGUUGGCGCUGGUAUGGAGGUUCCAAAAGAAAUCCGGAAGCUCGUCUCCGUAGUAGAAGACUUUAAAGCUGAAGUCCGCCAAGGUUUCAGUAAAAAAAUCACUCAUCCCACCAGCUUGGAGAUACGAAAAACGAAGACCAUCAGGCCCCGGAGCACUCUGAGGGUUGGCUUUCUUUACCGUCUGCUUGAUGAACUUGAUUUCGAAUGGUUCAUCAGCUUCGGCGACGGAGUCGAUCUUGUGCGUUUUUAUGCGAUCUCCCGCAGCUUUGAUGCUGGAAUCCCACGCAGUAGCAAUAUCGUCAGGAUCUUCGUUAGGGUGUAGGUUGCGAAGAUGCUCCAGCGUGUCGUUGUUGCGCGGUGAAGGUGCUGGGGAAAUUAAGGCACUGGCAGCUUUAGUGAUGCCUCCGCUUUCGUGCGCAAGUCUUGUGGCUCUUCUUUGGCGAUUUUGUCUUCAGUAUCUGCAUAAUACUGAGGUCGACGAUUCUUGUCGACGAUUCUUGUACAUCAUGAGCCAGGCGAUAGGUUCACUCAGAUCACCAUUUGCAAAGCAGUUGAAUGGGGAUACUCUGUUCAUCCUCCCAUCAAUCGAUCCAUGCAAUGCCGGGGUAACAUGAAGCAACUUUGUUGCUCGGACAAGUUGGAGUUGUAUUUCAACACGUGCUGAUGCUUCAUAUCUUUCCGCUGCAAGAGGAGACAGAUCUGAGGUAUCUGACUUCUGCUGAUCCAUGUGCACAGCUAGCUCCAAAUGCUUGCGCGAAGCGGAUGACGACAUGUUGGAAGUAUUUGCAA